GACUACAGAGGCACCAUGCUGCCUGAAGAUCCAACCGUUCCUCAUAUCUCAACACCCUGCAAUGACAUCAUGGAACACACUGAAACGAGUGGAGAAAUCUCCACACCAGUACUUGCAAGCAGUGAAGCUGACAUGGGGGGACAAAGGGCAACCAUCAAGAUAACUGCGGGGGACCCUUACCCCGAGUCAACAGAAGAACAAAUCAUGGCAAAUUAUCUCAAUCUCGGGUUGGUCACACAGGAGGAGAUUGAUGCACUGCAGGAUCACAGUGUUUUUUCAGCCAAUCUGUAUAAUUUAGUGGAACUGAAUGAAAUUCAGCAUGAGAAUGAUGAGAGCACACUUCAAUUUGAAUUACUUCAGAUGGACAAGGGGUAUGCUGAUAUUGCUGCCGACUAUUACUUGAACCCCACGAUUGACGAACUCCAGAGGAUCAACACACACCUUGAAACAAUCUUGAGGGAACAGAACAAUUUGAAGAAGAGGCUGAUGCAGGUCCAACAUGUCAAGGGCAAGGGUCUACCUGUACACGCUAACACUCACAAAUAUCUCGUGGAACUCGUUGAGAGUAUGGCAGGCCUAUUGAAGGAUUGUGAGGCGUUUGUAAAGGCGGUUAUGUCCAUUCCUUGCAUGGAGAAAUGCAUGAACGAGCUGUCCAUGGUCAUAGAUAACUUCCAGAGCAACGCAAAAGACAUGAAGCAACUUCACCUGCAAGUUAUGCAGUGGAGAGACCAGCAGGUAUGAACCAGCAGGAAGUGGCCAUACAUGACUACAGGCAAGAGGAUGGAUGAUCUACCAGUUUGUACUCUAUUCUGAGCUUCUUUUUUUUUUCUUUUUCUUUUUUUAUUACUUCAUUUGUGUUGAGUUGUUUUGACUUGCAUUAACUCAUCCACAAGACAACAGGGGCCUAUACUACAAAGCUGGUUCAGGAUAAGUUGUGGUUAAGUUAAGAGGUAAAUCAUCUAAUACAAGAGCUUUUCUUAAGACAACGAGGACCCCAGAUUCUUCUAUUAGAUGAUUUACCUCUUAACUUAAACUUAACUUGUCCUGAACCAGCUUUGUAGUAUAGGCCCCAGGAAUAGGUCUUGGAUGACGUUUAGGUAAGAGAGACCAUUUUAUUUUUUGAGUCGAGUUCAUUUGACUAUUGCACUUUAUCCAAAAGCAAAACACAGUUUGUGUUGACAUGAAAUCGAUGUUCUUUUUCAAAUUCAAUGACUUCAGAAGCAAUAUGGCUGUAGGCUGUAGUUUGUCGCCAUGUGGUUUAAUGUGUGUCUGUGUCUUGGUGUCUGUUUUUUACAGCUUACUUUCAUUUGAUAUACAUAUAUUGUGUUGUUUCCCAUUUAAUUAAUAAAAUAUAUAUCGCAUA